GUCAUUUUGUUACCUUCGCGGAUAAGGUAUUAAAUUUAAUUAUUCUUUUUUUCUCCUUCUUUAAAAAAUCUAAAAAUCAAGAAACCGAAUCAUCUCACCGGUGAUCGAAAUCGUCUUUAUCACCAUGGGAGGAGGAAGAGUGAUGGCGACGGCAGCCAAGGUUGCUGGAAUCGGAGUUACGAAAGGAGGAUUCAAGGGAGCAGGAGGAUUCGGUGGCUUCUCUCAGGCGUCUGAACAGUUUAGGGUUAAAACCGCAGCGGCGGCGACGGCUACGUCUAAACCGGUUUCGGCUUCGAUAUCAACGGCUGUGGUUCAUCCUUCUGUUGAAGAAGAUGGGAUGGUUAUGCAGAGACCGGUUUGGGACGAUUGGGAAUUCGCUGAGGAAGAGGAGCCGAUUCCUAGGGUUGUUUUCAGCAAACCUCCUAGUCUUGAAGAGGCUAAAGAAGCUACUGAAGAUCUCAAAGAAGCUAUUAAUAUGGUGUAUAUGUCAUCUCCAAAUUCGUCUUCUGCGGCUAUAGAAGGAUCAAAUGAUGGUGGUUCUGUUUCUAAAAUGCUGUCUGGUCUUCAAUCUUCUGAGAACAGAGCUGUUGAGUCAGCUGUUCCACAGGCUGCUCUUCAAGCAUUUGCUUUUCUCAGUGAAAACACGGCUGCGCAGACUGUUGUUGCUUCCAUUGCGUGUGACCCAAAAGUUUGGGAUGCUGUUAUGGAGAAUAAGGAUCUUAUGAAAUUUCUCAAGACCAACAAUACUGCUGCUUCCUCUCAAGUUGAAUCUGAUAAUGACGACCAAUCUGAACGUUCGAGCACGACCGAGUGUGAAGUUAUGGAAGAAAAGCCACUAGAAAUCUUGGAGAUUCUGCAAGACGUGAAGCUAAAAGUGGUUAGAAUGAUGGAAAACGUCUCAUCCUACUUUGGGGGUUUGUUUGGGUUAGGAUCUGAAACAGAGGAAGGAAAAGACAAGAAGCAGACGUUGUUCAACGACCCUCGUUCUCUGUUUGGUUUAGCUGUGGUUGUUAUCUUCAUGGUAGUUUUAAAACGUGCUUAAGAUCUCUCUUUGUUCCUGAAAUUCGCCGAUAUAGCGGAAAAAAAACAACUACGUACUGUGAUCUCUCUUUCCCUUUGCUUCGUUAUCGUUUAAAACUUUUUUUCUUUUCUUGUUUGGAGUGAUUUGGAACCGUCUUUGGAUCUUUUCAUAUUAUAAAUAAGGAGAUCCUUGCGAUGUUUUAUCA